AUGCUCGACCAUUGUUCGAUAUCACAUAAAGGAGGAAUUGUCUUAUGGUCACGGUCGUUUACUCCGGAGGCUUCUCACAUCGCAUCUUCCGCGGCUUCUCCGGUCAACUCACUCAUCAGGGAGGGUUUGAUUGAAAGUAGAACCACUGGCGAGAAAUACGAAAAGGACGGGUAUGCAGUGAAAUGGACUUUCGUCAAUGAUCUAGAGUUGAUAUUCGUCGUCGCGUAUCAACGGAUCCUUCAACUCUCCUAUGUUGAUGAGCUGCUGGCUGCACUAAAGGCUAUCUUUGUCAAACUAUUCCAACCAUUCCUGACUACAUUCGUAGCGUCAUUGCAUGCUGAUAGUAGGGGCAAAGGGUCUGCUGCGGGUCUUGUUACAUCCUUGAACCUAGCUUCUGCAUUUGAAGGUUGGGACACAUACUUUGAAGCGCUUCUCAAGAAACUAGAAGACAAAGCCGCUCAGGAGCGCCAGUCGAGGUUGCGAGGUCCUAUUCAUACGCAACCGGUUCUAGAGUCUCCCCCCCUCUCGGACGACCAAAGCACGGAGCCUUCACAAUCGGAAGAUGCUACACAGGACGAACGACAAAUUGCUCGAAACGUUCAAGCCCUCAAAUCUCGUUUACGAGGUCGCGGAGGCAGAAGGGGUGGAAGGCCAAGCAUGCGGUCUGUGGAGUCUGGAAGCGGCAGAGAUAGCGUCAAUCAUUCAGAGUGCACCACCCCCAAACGUAAAACUACGAAGAAAGCUGGUCGCAAAUGGGGAGACGAAGCUCCGACCGAAGCAGACAUGGAUUCCCUGGAUUACAGCGCUGAGAAAGCCGACGUGAAUGGUCUGAGUUCCUCAAAAAAUAUACAAUCACUUCUCGAUGAAGCCUCCAUGGGCUCUCGCAACAAAGAUGGGCUCUACGAAGUAAAGGAUUGGGAAUUCGAGGUCGACAAUACUGUUUCCGCCGCCCUCAAAACGGCAGAAGUAGAAACAAUGUCGACAAACUCCGGCACUGUGGGAACUCUAGGCUCCCUCUUCUCCAGACUAACUGGAUCGAAGACUCUCACCGAGCAGGACCUUAAGCCUGUAUUAGAAGCGAUGAAACAACAUCUCAUGAAGAAGAAUGUUGCGAAGGAGAUUGCAGAUAAGGUAUGCGAAGGAGUAGGUGAAAGUUUAAUCGGAAAAAAGGUUGGAGGUUUUCAAACGACUAACAAUGCUGUUCGAAUGGCGCUUUCCACAUCCAUAACAAGAAUUUUGACGCCUAAAACCUCGACGGACCUACUGUUAUCCAUUCGAACCAAGCUAUCUUCACCUCUCACAUCGACACAGCAGCGUAUACCAUACUCGAUGACGUUUGUCGGUGUUAAUGGAGUAGGCAAGAGCACUAACUUGUCUAAAGUGUGCUUUUGGCUCAUUCAGAAUGGCCUCCGAGUCCUCAUCGCCGCGUGCGAUACAUUCAGGAGCGGCGCUGUUGAGCAGCUUCGGGUACAUGUCCGUAAUCUGAGUGUGUUAGGCUUAGAUGGUGCUGCUGAUAGUAAAGGUCGAGUGGAGCUUUUCGAGCGCGGUUACGGAAAGGACGCCGCGGGUAUUGCUAAGGAAGCCAUCUCCUACGCUCGCGACAACAAUUUCGACGUUGUGCUGAUUGAUACUGCUGGUCGUAUGCAAGACAACGAGCCCCUCAUGCGUGCUUUAGCCAAACUUGUGACAGUGAACAAUCCCGACAAAAUCAUCUUUGUUGGUGAAGCUCUCGUUGGAAACGAAGCUGUUGAUCAACUCAAAAAAUUCGACCGUGCGAUGCGCGAUUUUUCUUCUGGAAGUGGUUCUGGGAAGGAAAGAGGAAUAGAUGGGAUGUUGGUUACCAAGUGGGAUACUGUAGAUGACAAGGUCGGUGCCGCUCUGUCAAUGACCUACGUUACUGGACAGCCAAUCAUAUUCGUUGGCUGUGGCCAGACUUAUACUGACCUACGACAACUAAGGGUCUCCAACGUUGUACAAGCUAUUCUUAGCGAUUAG